UCACAGGAAGCCACAUUGAAUCCUCUUCCACAAAAACAGACGAAAAGAAAAGUCCCGUGUUCCAUGCAUUCCUCACAACAUUCUUUCGCUUCUGUGACAUAAUUUAGGGAGCGGGUUAGUUUUUUUUUCGUGGUUAGGACGUGUGUACGUGUGUUGUUAGUGAAAGGAACGUUACCGGGGUAGGACACAACGUCGGGAGGAAACAUAUUGCGGUGGCACACGUUCAUUCUCCUCAUCAACAGCUUUUCCCUCCACAAUGAUGAACUACUCCGAUUACGACUCUGACGGUUAUUCAUCUAAUGAAGACGUAGACUACGUCCCAUCAGAUGACAACCUCAGUGAGGAUGACAUUAAUGAGUGUGAAAAAGAAGACCCUCUCCAUGAGGAUGAUGAUGUGCCACGUCCUGAUGACACCAGCAGGGCAAAGAGGAAGAAAAAGGCCAUCAGUAUGAGGAAGAGGAAGAAAGGCGUUCUGAAAUUACAGAAGGAAGAGGGGGAUGGAGUUGGAUCCGAAAUGGUGCAGCCUCCACAGGACGAGCUGGAAAAACCCACUCAGGCUGUGCAGCAGGUGGAUGAAACAAAACAGAAGAAAAAAGCUGAUGACCUCUGGGCCAGUUUCCUGUCUGAUGUUGGAACCAGACCCAAACAGAUAACAGAUGUCCCACAGUCCACGCAAAGUUCCACGCAGCAGGCUAAAUCUGCUCCUUUGACCACACAAACAAAAGCACCAGAACCUGCCAAGGUCACCAUCACUAAAGUUUUCGACUUCGCUGGAGAAGAAGUUCGGGUGCAAAAGGAAGUAUUGGCAGACUCCAAAGAGGCUAAGACUUAUCUGAAGAGCCAAAACACCGAUCAGGAGGAGAAAGAAGAGGAAGAAGGAGGAGGAGAAGAAGAAGAAGAGGAAGACAAACAGAAGAGCUCCCCUGGUCAGCCUGGCACCAGUGCUAAGCGGCCAGCGGGCAUGUCGAGCCUCCUGAAUCGUCUCGGGGGAAAGAAACAGAAGAUGAGCACGCUGGAGAAGUCGAAGAUGGACUGGGACGCUUUUAAGUCAGAGGAGGGCAUCACAGAGGAGCUGGCCAUACACAACAGAGGCAAAGAAGGGUAUGUGGAGCGGAAGAAUUUCUUGGAGCGAGUCGACCAUCGCCAGUUUCAGUUAGAAAAGACAGUGCGACUGAACAACAUGAAACGAUGACAGAGACUGACAGCAUGCACACACACACACACACACACACACACUGGAGCAGAUGCCUGUAUCUUCUGUUCUCUCUCUCUCUCUCUCUCUCCCCCUCUGUCUCUCUCUAAUGACAGUUUCUGUUCUCUUUGCAAAGGCAGCUCAGGCUGCUGCUGCUGUGGCUUGAGUCUAUUUCAGGAUAAGGAUAUUAAUAGGCUGAGUUUGUGUAAUAGUUGGGUGUUGAGUGUUCCGUUUCUCCAUCGUUUUGAGAACCAAUUAGAAUGUCUAAUCUUCACUCAUUCAGGGCAUUUUUGGAAAGUGAGGUCAUGCCUGUUCUACUUCCCCAAUUGGGUGAGUGACUGUAUGACCAGGUCCAGAGGCAUCUUCUGUUUUGUUUUUGUUUUCUGUUUGUAAUUAUAAGAUAAUGGUCAUCAAUUUGGAUUGCUAAGAUAAAAAAUACAAAUCUGACAGGACAAGAGCACAAGCACAGACGAGUCUUAUGUUGCAGUCACGUGUACGCGUUGCUCUAAUGCUCGACACUGGUACCACUCCCUCAACUCGACCAGCAAUAGAUCCAUAAUAUUGUUUAGCGGCACAUGACGCAGCCGCAUUCAACGUGAACGAGCUACAUCUCAGGUGUGUAAGUACAGAAUUACAUUGCCUGCUCGCCCACGGUUGAGCUCUCAAUUCGGAUCCAUCCGUACUAAGUUGAGAGUCUUCAGCAGUUUGUACUGUGUGCGUGUGUACCUGAUCCCGCUUUCCAUUCCAGUAGGUGGAGAAUAUUUGUCAACUGCUAUUUAAAACAAGUCGAAACCAUGCACGAACAAGAUGACAGCUGCACACUAUCAAUGACAUCGAUGAGAAAGAAAAUAUCUGGCAAUGCACCAGCGACCGUCAAUUUGCUGCAUGCGCCACCUACUGAAGGUGGAGGGGAAGUGUCCACUGUGUGUGUGUGUGUAGGUGCAGUAUUAUGGCCUUGCCAUACUUUGUGAAUUGCAUGUACGCUAACAGUUGCGCCAUCUUUGGUUCCAUUCCUACCAAAUUGAGACUGUGCAGCAGUUUGGGCUUCCAUGCAUCACACUUCCCAUGCCAGUAGGUGGCGGUGGUGGAGCAAUAACGCUAUUUGUCAACUACCAUUUGAAUCAAACUUGAAAGAUGCACAGUAUGAACGGCAUCAAACAAAGAAAAUAGCAACCGCACACUUAUCAGUGUCAUAAACGCUUGUAUUCUUCCAUCGCUGUUUGGCAGGCAAAGUAAAAGCAUGCGCCAUCUGCUGGACUGGAAGGUUAAAUAUAUUGCACCGGGGUGCAUCUUCAUUCUUUACAUCACAAAAACAUAACUGUGUGUGUGUGUGUUACACACACCCUGCAGACUAACAUACACUGGCUUGUCAAUUGGUUUGUUCAUUGGAAAUUGUGGUAUUUGUUGACAAAUAUGUUGCAAAAGAGGAGGACUACAGUUUUUGAAACUGUUCUGUUCAGUUAUGUAAAUAAUCAUCCCCAUUAAACACGCUCUUUCUUUCA